GGGGGAGCACGAAGAAUGAAGUAUGAAAAAUUGAAUCAACAACAGAACAGAAGACAAAAGCAGAAGAAAGCACGCAGACGCAGACGUAGAGAAAAUCAAUCGGAGAGCAGGUCUUUUGUACGCAAUUAUUUGAUACUUUGUCAUCAAUAUAGUGAACGCAUCUGUCUUAUCAUGGAUGUGCAUUCAGAAGAAAUUAUUGAGGAUGAAGAGCGGACUAAAAUCCGACAAGAAUUAUCUUCCAUGAGUUUUGAAGAGCUUCAAAAAUUGAAAGAAAAAUUGGGUACUAAAGUGUAUAAUGAAGCUAUGUUUGGUAAAACGCAAGCGAAAAGAAAAGUUUUCAAAAGAGAAAACAAAAAUCGGCCUCGGGAAAUUUCAUCAAAAGUACCUGUUCCUGUUCUCAGAGAUGUACUACCAGUCAAGAAAACAGCCCCCAGAGACCCACGAUUUGACAGUUUGUGUGGGGAAUACAAUGAAAUAGCUUUCAAAUCUGCAUACAGCUUUGUCUCUGAAUAUCGUGUUGAAGAGUUGAAACAAUUAAAAGAAGAGAUUAAGACAACAACAGAUCCAGAACGAAAGACUCAAAUCAAAUAUUUGAUUCAACGAAUGGAAAAUCAAUUUAGGGAAGAGGAGCGAUUUAAAAAGAAGGCUGCUAGAGAGGAAGAAGAGAAGCAGAAAAUUAUUGAAGCCAAAACUGAAGGGAAACAGCCAAUAUUCCGUAGAAAAUCUGAGAAACGUAUGGUGGACCUUAUUGACAAAUAUGAAGAUCUUAAGAAGAAAGGAAGUCUUGUGAAAAACAUUGAGAAACACAGGAAAAAAAUUGUUCAAAAGAACAGGAAGAAAAUCAAUUCCAGCAAGGGCGAGCAAUUGUAGAUUUACGGAACAUUUUGAUUGUUAAUGUAUAUUAUUAGGUUCAUUAAAGAAGUCAAAUGAUACUUA